UUAUUGACAUUUCAUGUUACAAGUCAUUAAAAUAAUUUUGUAUAAAAAUUUCACAUAAUGUAGUUCAAUUUAACUGAAUUAAAUAAACCCAUCGUUAUGAGGCAGUUAAUUUAAGAGUUUUUGUUUUUUAAAAUGAUUUCAACGCCCAAAUCUGAAAAGUAUCAUGCUCAAGGAGACUGUGAAAGUACUGGUUCCUCACCACAAACGGGGCAUGGUUUUAGUGGACAUAAGGCGUCAUUUAGAUCCACCAAAUUGGCUCGCCGUGCACGAUCAUUUAAAGAGGACAUCCUGGAGAAGUUCUCACAAAUGCGUAGCCCGGGUGGAACCCCGGGCAUUCGUUCACAAAGUCCCAAAUCAAAACCUGCUGUUACAAUUAACAGUAAAUCGGAGAAGGUCGAAGCAAAUUCUGAAAAAAAUACUACAAAAGAACUGGAUUUACAACUUCGACAGGUACAAGUGGCGUUAAAACAUUUUCGUGAUGUUAUUUCAAAAAAUAAAUUAGAAAUUUUGCCCGGAAAUGGUACAAUUGUCCUGGAAACAGUAACAGCAAUACAUACCGCUUUAAAACAUUGUUUGCUAACUAAUGAUGCCGAAAAUCAAAAUAACUGUCUUACAUCCGCUACUCAUCAAGUGUAUAUAAGUUUGGCGCGAUUAUUGGAACUUUGUGAUGAUGUCCUAUUGCAUGGUAUUAAAACAACUGCAUUGGAAAGUCAAAAUGUUACGGAAGUUGUUACAUUUUUUGAAAAUUCAAUACAGAAUUUGGUGGAGUUAUCACAAAAUAAAAUGGCAACAACAAAUCGUGAUACACAUCAUAAACCAACAUAUUCACAACGUAAAUAUAGUACUGCACAAAAUUCAUUAGAUAUACCUGGACAACGAAAUUCAUUACCCGAUAUACCGUUAACACCACGUGAACGACAAAUAUUAGAGCAAACAUGUGGACCAGUCAAUUUAGUACGUAAUAGCCAUAGUUCUGAAUCCAUUUUACGUGAUACUAGUCCACCUCCACCGAAACCACCAUUACCUGAUGGAAUAUGCUUAUCAGAACCAGAUUCAAAUAGUGCAACACCACCGCCAAUACCACCAAAAAAACGUGGUUUACGUGGUGCCAACAAUAAUCAUUUAGAUGAUUGUAGUAGUUUCGAUAAUUCAUUAUUAGGAUGUAGUUUUGAUCGUACAUCAUUACGUUCACGUUCACCUGAAGAUUCUAGUUCACUAUUAUCAGCUAGUGCUGGUAGUUUAGAUUCAGUAUUAAUGCAAUCACGGGACGAAGAGGAAAUGAAAGCGUUGAUGGAUCCAAAACAUGACGACAGUAGUUUGAAUAAUAUGUUACAAAGUGAUAUAUCCGAUUUAAUUAAUGAAGGUACAGAUUCUGUAGAUUGUGUGAAAUGGAAUGAUACGUCAAUAACAAGGCCAUUUCCAUUGGAUACGAAUCAUAUUAAUGAUUUAAGUGGAAUCGGUAUUGAUUACAAUCGUUUAUCAAACACUGAAUCUGGUUUUGGUUCAAUGCGUAGUUCGGUACAAAGUUUUUCGACAACAGCAUCGAAACGUAGCUCUCAACAAAGUUCAAAUAGUUCAAAAUGGAAUAUGUAUAAACAAACAAGUUCAAGUUCGAGUACACAUCAAAAAUCAGAAAUGCAUACAUCAGAAAGUAUUAUACAAAACAUGAAUAUGAAAGCAGAGCAUCAACAACAAAAAAGUAUUGAAGAGAUACGUGAAGGUGGUGUGAUAAAACGUGAAACAAGUGUGCAUAGUUUUUCAAAAACAUUGACAUCUACUACAACCGUAACAAAUAUUAGUGAAUUAUGUAAUACAUUAAAUAAUUCGUUAAAUACACCAGAUGACAUCAACAACAUAUCAUCAACACCAACUGUUGAACCACCUGAAUUACCUGUUAAAACCCGUACUAAAUUAAUAUCAAGGGAUCGUCGACCAUCACAGUAUGAUAAUGUUACAUCAUCUGACACACAUGGUGAACAUUUGGUAACGUGUGCCAUGCAUCAAUCACAAAGUACAAUAAGUUCCAUUAGUGGUACGGCAACACUUGAUGGUACUGGCACUAACAGUACAGCAAGUCCAGAAAAUCAUCCGCCGCCAUUACCACCAAAGAAAAAACACAUAAUGGCAUACAUGGAAAUGUUUGGUAAUUGUUCGCAUACUGUAAAUAGUAAUGGUGAAUUAUUGCGGCAUUCGGUGCAUACAUACAAUGUAAUGCAAUCGGAAUGGCAAAGUCAAGACGAUACAUCAACUUCAUCGGGUGCUGUCACUCAACGUGAAAAUAUUGAUUUUGGCGAUGCUACAAUAAUUACAACCACCGCAACAUCAACACUAGGACAACCAAAUAUAACUACAACAAUGUCUACGGCACAAUCAUGUUCGUUUAAUUUAAUGUAUAAUAAUGAAUCAACUACUAACCCAUCAUCUUCAUCGAUCUCACCCACUGUAGUUAUACAACGAUUGUCUACAUCACAAACAAACAAUAAUCAACGACGUCCAGUUACGUGUUCACCAGCUAUUAAUACACCCGAUUCAAUACCGUUAACACCUCCAGCGUUACCACCGAAAAAACGUAGCGGCGGUAAUAAUUCUCGGGUGACAUCACCACCUGUUUCACCAACUCCCUUAACGGAUAACAAUUCCUUGACGUCAUCGAAUAAUACAUCUCCAUUUUCCCAUACAAACGAUCCAGUCUCAAUAAAUUGUAUAAACUUAGAAGAAAAAAUGAAUGUAAAUGUUGAAAAUAAUUUAGAUAAAUCUGAUAUAGCGGAUUGUACAAAAUUUGAAGAAGCCGAAACAAUUGAUUUAUUAGAUUUAAUUGAUGUGACUGAAUAUUUAAUAUUUAAGAAGCCUGACGAAGAAGGUCCUGAUAUACGAGGUGGACAUCCAGACGCAUUAAUUGUGUAUGCAACAAAAAGCAAUAAACAUGAUGAAAAACAAAGUGAAUUUAAAUACCAAGAUGCAUUUUUAACAACGUAUCGAACGUUUUUAACACCAUUGGAAUUAGUAUAUAAGUUACAACAGCGACAUCAACGGUUUAGUUGCCAUUCGGAUAUACAAAAACAGCGUGCAGCAAGAGAAUCUUUUUCAUUACUUGUUAGUGUGGUUAGUGAUCUAACGGUAUCGGACUUAGAUGAUAAAUUAUUACAAACACUAAUGGAAUUUGUGUAUCAAUUAGUAUGUAAUGGGGAUUUGGUAAUGGCAAAAGCGUUACGUGUAAAAAUUUUAGAAAAACAUUCAGCACGUCAAUUGUUACAAAUACCAACUGUUUUAAAUCAAUAUUUAACAUCAAUAACAACACGUACAACAUUAUCACAGCUCUUAGAUUUUAAAUCAGAACAAAUUGCUGAACAAAUGACAUUGUUAGAUGCUGAUCUAUUCUUACGCAUUGAAAUACCGGAAGUUUUAAUAUGGGCCCAAGAACAAAAAGAAGAACGUAGUCCAAAUUUAACUUGUUUUACGGAACAUUUUAAUAAAAUGUCUUAUUGGGCACGUACUCGAAUACUAGAACAGAAUGAAGCAAAAGAACGGGAACGUUAUGUAGUAAAAUUUAUAAAAAUCAUGAAAUAUUUACGGAAAAUGAAUAAUUUCAAUUCAUAUUUAGCAUUGUUAAGUGCAUUAGAUUCAGCUCCAAUACGUCGUCUAGAAUGGCAGAAACAUAUUACAGAAGGUUUAAAAGAAUAUUGUGCAUUAAUUGACAGUUCAUCCAGUUUUCGCGCUUAUCGACAAGCUCUCUCUGAAACUAAUCCACCAUGUAUACCAUACAUCGGUUUAAUUUUACAAGAUUUAACAUUUGUUCACAUUGGUAAUAGCGAUUUAUUACCAGAUGGUAAUAUUAAUUUUUCUAAACGUUGGCAACAAUUUAAUAUUGUUGAUAAUAUGAAACGAUUUAAAAAAGGAGCAUAUCCGUUUAAAAAACAAGAACGAAUAAUUAUGUUUUUUAAUAAUUUCGAUGAUUUUAUGUGUGAAGAUCGAAUGUGGCAAAUAUCUGAAUCAAUAAAACCACGUGGCGGUCGAAAACCACCUACAACAUAAAUAGGAAAAAAAGUUAAAUAAAUAAACAAACAAAUUUUUAUUUCGUUCAAAGAUGAUAAUUUGAACUAAAGAAACUAAAAACUUUGUUCAAAGAUAUAUGU